UUACGUCAGAAAUUCAGCCUCCUAGACAUCUCAAUGAAUUAACUCAUUCGAUGCCCCUCCUGUUGUCGAAAUUCAAAGCAGUUUUUUCUUCAUCUUUAUCCGUCUUCCUAUCGGACCUAUAUGACAAGCUGGAGUGACAGACAGAAAUCCACAACGAGUAGGGCUUAAAGAAAAAGACAACACUUUAGGUGCAAAGGCUCGAAUAGCAGGACUUUGCUGGACAACACGUUUGUAUCUCAGCACAGGUGACGAGAAUUUCGCUGUAACAAAGUUAACCUGUGUUGACCUAUUUCUGUUUGUUGACUAACCCGUAAUGGCCACUGGAAGGAUAGUGAUCGUGAUAUGUUUGGUUGUGACCUGCAUAUCUUUAGGCAUCGGGGUAAUUAUUGGUUAUUUCGUGCGAGAAGGUGGUCAGGAUCUACCAAGGCGAGACAGACGCGCUUGUGGCACAGGAUCUGGCAGCAAUAUUCCUCAAAUAGAUAGAUUCCUAGAAAGUUGUCAGGUGACGGCGUGUCGGGCAGAAACAUGUGACAUUCCAUUACCCAGAAGUUACGUGGCUUACCACUUGAAGGAGCAGACGAUAGCCGUUGACGGCGACCUCAAUGACCCUGCCUGGGAGGAAGUACCUUGGACGGAAAAGUUCGUGGACUUGCGUGGGACGGACUACCCCAAACCGUUAUAUGACACACGGGUGAAGAUUCGGUGGGACGACACGCACCUGUAUGUGGGUGCCUACUUACAGGACGAACACGUCUGGGCUAACAAAACAAAACAUGACUCUCAUGUUUUCAACGAUAACGCCUUUGAGAUCUUUGUGGAUGUUGACGGAAGCACGCACAACUACAAAGAAAUCGAGAUUAAUGCUUUGGGGACAAUCUGGGAUUUGAUGUUAACAAAGGCUUACAUUGACGGAGGCCGGGCUCUCAGUAACUGGGAGAGUGACGUGGAAAAGGCUAUUCUAGUUGACGGAAAUAUCAACGAUCCAGAUUCCCCAAACAAGUUUUGGACAGUGGAGAUGAAGUUUCCUCUGAGCAGACUACGUUCAGGUACGACACGUGACGUGAACAGUAUUCCCAGAGACAAGGAGACGUGGAGAAUGGUUUUGGCCAGAUCGCAUUGGGCCCAUAAAAUUGUAGACGGACAAUAUGUUAAGGACGAAUCAAAGGAAGCGAAUUGGUGGUCAUGGCAACCACAUGGAGCUGUGAGUUUACAUUUACCAGAUAGAUGGGGGCUGCUACAGUUGAGUAGAGAUACUCCAGAAAAUUUCCAGUUUACACCCAGCGCGCUGUUGCCUGUAAAACAGGCUUUAUUUGAUUCCUUUAAAGCAAUGAAAAGUUACUAUAUCAGCUAUGGCGUGUACACCACAAAUGUGGACAUGUUGGAAUUACCGCCGUACAUAGUGACGGGCGAGUGUGUGGGAAAGCCCACGGUUGUACCUGACAGGGGGGCGCUUUAUCAUCAGUAUACGAUCACUGGACACUGCUAUAACCCAGCCCGGCCAUAUUCGCGAGGACAGGCUCGUCUGGUUCGGUGACAGAGAUGCCAUGAAAGAUGUUCCUUAAAAUAUAAGAUUUAUUAAUUACACUGUAUACAAUGGUGGGAAUUAUUCAUUCAUAAAUUUCUAAUUUUACAAAACUUUCCAGAUAUGUAUUGUAUUAUAUCUCUCAGUAAAAUAUUUCAUUGCUAGUUUGCUCAGUCGGUCCAAGGGUCAGCGUAACAAUUCAACAAUACAUAUGGACAGAUAUACUGUGGAGGACAUAGUCGCCUACACCUGGUUAACAUAUUUGCCUAAUAGAUGAUUCACAUACCUUAUUUGGGGAGAAGGUGUGUGUUUUUGUAGAAUUUACAUUUCUUUCAAACAAAUCACAUCAGUAGCGUUUCCAGCACGGAUAUCUUUGGAAAUGUGUAACUCACGAUAGAUGAUGAGGACAUAUGUUAUUCAAUGCCAUGUAUGUAUAGUCAGUGUUUGACACAUAAAACUAUAUGGAGAAUUCUAUGUAUGUAAUUCCGCCUGCCAGGCCUUGUUGUCCAUUAUCACAUGGUUACUGGUCAAUGCAAACAAUUUCCUUAUAUUUUGUGCAAAAUAAUUUAAACUGUGCGAAUAACCAUGUGGAGAACUCUACGAGAUCACUGAUUUUAUUAACCAUUGGGAGCAGGCAUGACAGCCAGUGGAUAUUAUGAAGGAAACACGACUAAUAAUACUUGUGUCAUCACCUAGCUUAUGUUUAAUCCCAGUUCUCCAGUCUGUCGGUAACGCGCCUUAAGUGCAUUAGCAAUACGAAUCUAGAUCAGUACUUGUUUACUUUAUGUUGUUUCGUUAUAUACAUGUAUACUGGUUCAGUGCAAAAUGUUAGCGCCCAACAGCUAGUUCUCAGAUGAAAGGGCAUGGGUUUGGUAGAUCAUCGGUAUCGCUUUACAUAUAAUCGAAUAGAUCUUAAACUAUAAAUUGGUAAAAACGCCAAGUAGGUAAAAACACAUGGUCUACGCCUAUCCUGACUGUAUCAGACUUGCCAUUCUUGUGUGAUAACGCAUUAAGUAUGGCACAAUCGGAUGGCAGCGCUCAUGUUGCUAAUACCGCCUGCGUGGAGAUAAAGGAGUAUAGCCCAAAUACCAGAUUAGUAUGGGCUAAGUUACAGAGCAGAACAGUUUGCUUU